AAUUCGGAGAUUAUCGAAUGAAGGCGCUCGUUCGUGACGGGCAUAAAUGUGUUCUAACGGGUGCAUUGGACGCGGGGUUGAUACGAAGCAAGACCAUACGGCUAGAUCCUAAUUCCGUUAUCGCUCCAGACCAUACUCAGGCUGUUCAUAUCUUCCCAUCUUGGUCCCGAAGGGAUGUUGAUCGUGAGAGCUCGCACGCUACGGGUUUUUUGAAUGCUAUGAAGCGAAUUCAUGGCCUCAAUAUUGACAAGGAACUGGAUGGCCACAAGAUCAAUCGUCUUUCCAAUAUCAUUACGAUGUGUGAUAGGGCUGCUGGCCAAUUUAACUCUCUUAAACUCUGGUUUGAGGCUGACGAAAACGAGAAGGACGAAGACUCUGUUCACCAUUACAAAGUUUGUUCCACAGAUCAGUGGCGGUUAGCUGGAAUGCGGAAGAAAGUCGCAUUCCGCGAUGAACGAGUGGCUGACGGAACCACACACCCUCGUCCAGAUCGUCGCUACCUCCAAGUGCAUGCACUCUGCUGCCGUGUUGCUCACCUUUCAGGUGCAACCGAAUAUCUCGAUAAAUUUUAUAAGAAAUUCGAAAGAAUGGAGGUUUUGGCCACUGAUGGUUCUUCUGCUGAUUUCUUGAUACAGGCUCUGGAGCUUCUUGGCCACGAUGGCUGAUGUAAUAAAUGAUCUUGGAUGGCUGGCUAACUAGCAAAUAUAUGGACCAUGCAUAGUACUAACAAUUUAUGAUAAUUAGUUGAAUAUUUUCUCUCGUGCAGAUGUUCACUUGGGGAUUAUC